GCUAGCGGCAUUUUUGCGCCAGUAUUUUUAAAAAAUAUACCUAAAUCAUGUUUUGAGAAAAUGAUUUAAUGAUUAAUGAUUUAGAAAGAAAAUGGCGGCAAGCGCAGGUUAGUGGGUGAAACGUAGAGACAUGACAUGACAUGACAUGAGUGGAAAUAUCUGCAUCAAUUUUUACCGAAAUAGGGCCUCUAUAUUAUCUAAUAACUAUCUGGUAUUACCAAUUUUGCGAUAACAAUUUUGGCGGCAUCUAUCGUUGACGAUUCCAAACACAUUUUCUGUUCUAUGAAGCUAACCUUCAAAUAAGCGAAUGCAAGUUUUAAAUGUAAUUUGAAAACCGAUUAAAUCGUUGAUACGAAAUGGUCCUUAUAGCAAAGAAACCAACUUGAAAUAAAAAUACUUGUUUUUGGAGACCUGUUAAUGCGUCACAAAGUAGUCGACCUAUUAUGUUUUAGGUUGGUGCAUGAUGUUGAGGAAAUGUUCGCUGCGAAACUUGAAUUACGUAAUUUGGGGUUACCGAAUGAUACACCGAUGCAAAGCGUCUUUAACCAACUUGCACACGCGUCAAGACGAGCCCAAAUUAGCGGCCCGGCUAGUCGACAACGCGCCUCAAAAAAUCAAGCCAUAUUUAAAGCUCAUCCGUCUCGACAAACCGACUGGAACUUGGCUCCUGUUUUGGCCUUGCAGCUGGGGCAUAGCGUCCGCCGCGAUCCCUGGCUGCUUCCCUGAUCCAUACAUGCUUGUUCUAUUCGGCACCGGGGCGCUGAUCAUGCGAGGGGCUGGUUGCACUAUUAAUGACAUGUGGGAUCGGGACAUUGACUCUAAAGUUCAACGCACCCGAGAUCGACCGCUAGUGAACAAUGAUGUUACUCUGAAGCAGUCAUUUAUUUUUUUAGGAGGCCAACUUAGUUUGGGUCUCGGGGUACUUCUCCAGCUAAACUGGUACAGCGUAUUCUUGGGUGCCAGUUCCCUAGUCCUGGUGGCCACAUAUCCUUUGAUGAAGAGGUACACGUACUGGCCCCAGCUUAUGCUCGGAUUCACAUUCAAUUGGGGGGCGCUCCUGGGAUACAGUGCAGUGAAAGGUUAUCUGGACGCUAGUUGUGUCCCGCUUUAUCUUGCCGGAGUAUGCUGGACGAUUGUCUACGAUACCAUUUACGCCCACCAGGACAAAACGGAGGAUCUGCGGAUCGGGAUAAAAUCGACAGCCAUCAAAUUUGACCAGCACACCAAAGAGUGGCUGAGUGGUUUCUCCGCGACGAUGGUAGCGAAUUUACUGUUGUCCGGCUAUCUAGCCGCCCAGACUUGGCCCUAUUAUGCCGCUGUGGGCGUCGCCGCUAGUCAUUUGGCUCAUCAGAUCGCCACUUUGGAUGUUGCUAGCGUCAAAGACUGUUCGCAAAAGUUCGCGUCAAGUGCCAGGAUUGGUUCUUUCUUGUUUGCCGGUAUCGUGUUGGGCAAUUUGCUCAAAGCCAGCGCCCAAAGCUUCUAGUUCCCCGUUUGUUUGUGAUAUUGUAUGCCAAAAUAAAUUAUUGCGCAAGUUGUUUUUGUUUGAAAUCU